AUGACUCCAAAAAUUAAAAUUUUAAGUUUUGUAAUUUUAUCAAUACAAAACAUAUUAUGUGAAACUGCCAUCAAUAAAACUAUUCACAUUGGUCCAACUUUACAGAGAACUCUUUUCAAAGCCGAUGAUACUCUGGUACUUUCUAAUGUGAUCUUUAGACAUGGUGACAGAUAUCCAGAACCUGCACAUUUUUAUUCAAAUGAUCCAAAUAAAAAUAGAUCCGUGUUUCCUUACAAAUUCGGCGAAUUAACCAGAACAGGACAAACGCGUAUGUUUAUGAUUGGAAAACAGCUAAAACUUCGUUAUGCAAAUUUUCUUGGAGACACGUAUUACACCGAUCUGGUGGAAUCAACGACUUCCGAUUAUCCACGCACUCAAAUGUCACUGCAAUCUUUGCAUGCUGGGCUAUUUCUCACGAUGAAACCAAACACAAUUCCUGGGUUUUUGUGGAAACCGGUUCCAUACAGAAUUAUUCCUUGGUCUGAAGAUAAGUACCUUGCUGCAUAUAAGCCGUGUUUAGCAAUUCUUCUCAACCUGACGUAUCCUCCAAUACCUCCAGAUGUUCAAGACUUAUUCAACUACGUAAAGAUGCAUACGGGUGUAUCACAAAUAAGCUAUCAUGAAAUGUGGGUGCUGGCAGAUUAUGCAAAAACUAUGAUAGAAACAAAUAUUCCUAUACCCGAAUGGCAUAAGAAAAUAUAUCCGAACCCAUUGGCGCCAUUGUCGGCAAAAUAUUUAGAUAUGUUGCGAAUACAAAAGAGACGCAUUGGUGGUGCAUACCUGGUGAAACGGAUUAGUGACGAUGCACUCGCAAAACGAGACAACACUCUUGUGCCACCAAACAGAAAGUUGUUUUUGUAUUCUGCUCAUGACUUUACUAUAUUGUUUUUGAGAAGUGCGUUGAAUAUUUGGACAGCAGAACCUUGUGAGUAUGGCGCGUACGUUUUAUUGGAGUUGCAUAAAAUUGGACCUGAGUAUGGGUUUAAGGUUUAUUUUAAUAAUGGGUAUACGAAGCCUCAACUUCAGACAAUUCCAGGAUGUGGGACUUUUUGCCCGUUGGAUGAGUUUAUUCAAAUGUUUCGACAUCUUUAUGAACCCCCUCCAAUAUGCAAAUAAUUUUAAGUUAUAUUAAAAAUGAUUAAAAUGCCUAGUUGUGUUUAAUUAUUUUUAUCUACACGACAAUUGUUAUUUUUAAUGAGAUUAAUUCUAUGUGCAACAUGGAAAAUUAUUUAAAUAUUUAUAUGUGUAUUUAAAAAGUUGUUUUUAUAUUUGUCUAUAAACAUUUAGUUACUAAGGACGCAUUGACAUACGUAAAUGUUAUCUUAGAUUAUGUAAAUAAAUACAAUUACACGCAGGUA